AUGGCAUUCACGAUCGCGAGCGUCACGCGCGUCUCCGCGCCCGCGGCGGGCGUCCGCCGCGCGGUCGUCCCCCGCCGCGCCGCCGCGCCGUCGAUCCGCGGAUCGUCGAAAAGCGCGGGACGGACGCGAUUAUCAUCGGCAUCGUCGUCCUCGCGCGCCGUCCUCGCGCGCGGGAUGGGACACUUCGAAGAGCAGGGCGCGGACGGGAGCGUCACGUUUCGCUUCUACGACGAGAACGACGCCGCGGCCGAGGCGGCGGCGAGGGCGGCGCACGAGGCCGCGCGCCCGCCCGCGGCGAAGGCGACGCCCGCGGAGGCGUCGUCGUCGACCGCGACCGCGACCGCGACCGACGACCUCUUCGAGCUGAACAUGGAGGAAGCGCAGAGAUGGAUCGACAGCUGGAAAGCGACGCAGGCGGCGCCCGCCGCGGCGGAGGCGGACGCGCCCGCGCCCGAGGCGGAGGCCGCGUUCGAGCUGAACAUGGAAGAGGCGCAGCGGUGGAUCGACGCGUGGAAGGCGACGCAGGGCGGCGGCGCCGCGCCCAGCGCGCCCGCCGCGUCUGCUGAGUCAGCACCAUCCACAUCAGCUGACGUGGACGCGAAGCUCGAGUCCGCGAUGGAAGCGUGGAUCGCUUCGUUGCCGGAGAAGGGCCGCGAGAAGCUCGUCGCGGCGCUGACGAAGGCGCGUUCCGUUUCGGUAUCGCAGAGUGGCUGGUCCCGUAUAUUACGACCGCGCACGCGCGGUGCACGCCGUUCCUUAUCAAGGCGUUUAUUUCUUUUCCCGCGCGCGUUGCGUAUCUCUCCGCCCAGGGUCCCUCGGUUUCAACGCUCGACCUCGAUGCGUUUCAACUCCGCUUCUGACGCCUUUCGACUCCGCCCCGACGUCGCUUUGUUUGGAAUUACCCUCAUCAGGCGGAGACCGAGGAGGAGGAGUGGCUCGUGCUCGUGA